GCAGAAUGCAAAACUCCUGAAUUUAAUGCUGUGUCAUACACAACAAGAGAGGCACUUUUAUCGUCAAAAACCGUAUUCGUCAUAAGUGGUGAGGUCAAGUGCGAUGGAGCGAAACUGACACAUUUAUACGCAGUUCUCAAUGAUGAGAUACAGCCUAUAUCAAACAACAUAGAAGAUGACCGUUUUCAGGUCACUUUUGCGGGUCAACACAAGAAAUUCAGAUCUGGAACAUACAUGAUUCGCUUUUUUACGGAAGAAGAUAUUUAUUUAUUACGCCGAGCUAAGAAAAGUGGUUCGGCCGAAACUAUAAAGCCAAUUUAUGAGCAUGAACUUAUACAUAAGGGCCUAUGGUACUCCCCUUGGGUGCAUUCAGAAACCGUGGCGCUC